GUAAAUGUCAUAACUAUUCGCCAAAAAUUCGGAAUCUAUUGUACAGCAUACAGUUAGCUGAGAAAUAUCAGCUGAAUGUCAAUGAGGAAUCCCACAAAAUUAUAAGGAACAAAAUCAGAGACAGAUAUUUUCCUGAUAUAACUGUAGACGGCUUGGUAGAUCUUCCUGAUGGAAUCACAGAAACACGUGAUGGUGUGAUAACGUUUAUAUCAGACCACACCCGACAUGACGUCAUGUACGCCUUUGUUACGGAGUGUCUGGUGGAGGACAGUGAUCUGGAGUUUUUCCUGACCACGGCGUCACGUGACGUGAUAUCAGAAUACUGCCGGUCCUGGCGUUAUGAGAGGAGUGAGGGAGAGAGAUGUCUGUAUGUACCGGACAUACCGGAGAAGAUGUACGACCUCUUCAUAGACAAACUAAAGCUGGACAUCAUCACACACUGUACCAUGUCUGACGUGGGGAUUCAUGACAGGAUCAGUGGACGUUUAGGAGUCCCUUUGGAAGUACUGAGAUGGGACCAGGAGGCCAGAGAGCGGUAUGUGGAGUACGCUAAGAGAGGAACACAGACAGUCCACCACGCCCGGGGGAUGAUUGUAGGAUGUGCUGGGGCGGGAAAAACCACGCUACUUAAACGUCUACUUCGUUGUAGUGAAGAAGAGAUUAAAGAAGUAAAAUCUACUGAGGGAUUGGAGGUGCAUGAGGAAAUAUUUGAAUUAUGUGAUAAAACAAAGUCAUUGAAAGCUAGAAGAAAAUUCGACGACCAAAAAAAUGUUGAAAAUAAUUCUAAAAACUUGGAUUCAAGGACUCUGACUUUCUUUGACUUUGGAGGACAGUGUGCAUAUUAUGCCUGUCACCAGAUUUAUCUGACCAGGAGAGCUUUCUAUGUCGUGGUGGUUGACGCCUCUAAACCUCUUGACCAGAAGGUGGAUAAGGAAGUUUGUGAUCAAGAUGGUAGUAUCUUCUCUGGAUGGACCUAUGGAGACUACUUUGAAUUUUGGAUUAAAUCUAUACACACAUACUGUGGUUCUGACAACGAAAAGGAUACAAAGCCCGUAGUUCUAAUAGUGGCCACUCAUUGGGAAGAAGAAAACCGACAAUUUAAGGACAAAGAAGCUUUUAUGGAAAGCCUGCAGCGUCAGAUCCCCCAGACCUCAAAUUUAUCACAGUACGUCAAAAAAGGCACAUGCUAUUGUACACAACUUUCUGAAUCUAUUAAUGAAUUUGAAAGGUGUUUAUUCGAAAUAGCAUGUCAACAGCAUUGGAAAGAAAGCAUCCCAAAAGAAUGGCUUUUAUUUGAGCUAGAAAUCAACCAGGAGAAGCACAAGAAGCGAAUUAUAAAUGUAUCAGAAAUAACAUCAAAAGGUCCAGAUAAUUCACAAGUAGAAAAAAAGAAUAUGCUACGAUAUUACCAUGAUGCUGGAAAAGCUCUGUAUUUUAAUGAGACCGGUUUAGAUGAUAAGGUAAUUAUUGACGUCCAGUGGUUUAUUGGUGCCUUCAAACAUAUAAUAACAGACAAGUUGCAUUUUGAAGGUUUUCCUGUAAAUCUGAAGGACUGGAAUGAGUAUUACCGAACAGGAAAUUUAGGAGACAAACUUUUGGAAGAAAUUUGGAAACAUAAAGAUGAAUUGCUGUCUGUAAAACCAAAACUUAAAGUAUUUGAUAUCUUGUUUAUGCCAGCAAAGAAUAAAUUACUUGAUCAUAAGGAAUCACUUCUCCAUUUCACACAAAGGCUUGGUUUGCUGGCUGUUGGAAAGGAUAACCACUACGUCCCAUGCAUGAACAGGAAAGAAAUGGAGGACGAAAUACCAAAUUUCCUUAAGGGGGCCGAGAAUAAAUCAUCCGUUCUUAUCUACUGUUUUGGAUUUUUGCCAUAUUUUAUGUUUUUUCGUCUUGUUGUUGCCUGUAUGCAAGAAAAGGAUUGGAAAGUACUAUUUAGUAAAGGCACAUCUUGCCUUUACAAGGAUGCAGCUUUGUUCUCCUACAUGGAUUAUCGUAUCGUUUUGUCCGUCACAAAAGAAUCCAUACAACUUCAAGUGAUUCCUUCAAUGCCAGAUAGCAUUUUACAAACGGAUAAAACACAGAAAAUUCAGGACACUGUAGAAAAUAUGCUAAAUAAUUUUGCUGGAAAGUUUCACAGGAAAUUAUAUUUUGUUAGAGGCUUUAGAUGUCGUGUGGAAAAUGAAAAUCCUAUUGCAAUGGAUAUCUUAGAUCACUUCCUACCAGAAAAAGACAUUCCGAAAGAUAUUCAAAAAAUGGAUUGCCCUUUGCAUCCAUUUACUGAUCCCCACACUAUUGAUAUCAGUGAGUUAGUCAGGUAUUGGAAAAUGUAGAGAAAUGAAAAUAAUAACAACAUAAACAUUACCUUUCCAUUCUAUCAAAGCUUGAACAGAACCAGGUCUCAAUUAAAUUUUCCUAACUUAAAAGUUGC